AUGGCAGAAAAGAUCCCUUCUAUUGCCCUUGAGGCUGUACUUAAAACCAGUAGCGACCUACCCGAGGACUUACCAAAGAUCAGAGGCUACGACUUUAACCAGGGCGUGGAUCUCCAGGAAUUGCUCAAGUCCUACCUAACCACAGGCUUCCAAGCCAGUAGCCUAGCAUUGGCCAUACAGGAAGUCAACCACAUGAUCGAAAAACGUCUUGAAACAGUUGAAGCGGAAAACGACUCUGGUGACAUGCCAUCCCGCCCAGGUUGCACCAUCUUCCUAGGAUAUACUUCAAACCUCAUCAGCUCUGGAGUCAGGGAGAGCAUCCGAUAUCUGGUAGAACACAAAAUGGUGGAUGUGGUUGUAACCACAGCAGGUGGCAUAGAGGAGGACUUUAUCAAGUGCCUGGCUAACACCUACCUUGGGGACUUCAGUCUACCUGGCAAGGAGCUUCGAUUAAGAGGAAUUAACAGAAUUGGGAACCUACUUGUUCCAAAUGAUAACUACUGUAAGUUUGAAGACUGGCUCAUACCCAUCUUGGAUCAGAUGCUGCUGGAGCAAAACACAGAGGGUAUCAACUGGACACCUUCGAAAAUGAUCCAUCGACUUGGCAAAGAGAUCAAUAAUACUGACUCCGUCUACUAUUGGGCAUACAAGAAUAACAUUCCGGUAUUCAGUCCUGCAUUGACAGAUGGCUCGCUUGGUGACAUGCUUUACUUCCAUUCCUAUAAGAACCCUGGUCUUAUUCUGGAUAUUGUGGAAGAUAUACGCAGGUUAAACAGCCAGGCGGUACAUGCCAAAAAAACAGGAAUGAUCAUCCUUGGAGGCGGUCUUGUAAAACAUCACAUUGCCAAUGCCAAUCUCAUGAGAAAUGGUGCAGAUUACUGUGUGUAUGUGAACACGGGCCAGGAGUUUGACGGUUCGGAUUCUGGUGCCAGACCUGACGAGGCUGUGUCUUGGGGCAAGAUCAGAACUGAUGCCAAACCUGUCAAGGUAUAUGCCGAUGCUUCUUUAGUAUUUCCUCUAAUUGUGGCUGAGACCUUUGCUCGCCAUGCCGACAAACUGACUGCUGGCAAGAAAACCGAAUGA